AUGCCAGAUUUGCGUGUUCGAGUACAGUCCACAACACUUCGCGCUCAGUUCCAAGGGCCUGACUAUCAUCUCACUACACUAGCAAACAGUUCCCAACAACCACAGCACCCACAAAAUAGUGAAUCAUUUGUUCGCCAGUCCUUCCUCCGUGGCCACCUCGCACCCGCCUUCCAACCACCCAGAAAGACCUGCCCACGCUGUCACCAAAGCUACACCGGCGUCAAGACAAUGUGUCUCCCCUGCAUCAAGGCAGCCUACGCCGAGAAGGAGAAGGAUAAGGACCUCUCGCCCGACACGUACCUCGACGACUGCGAGACGUGCAAGAAGACCACGCUGCACCUCGGGCCGGGCUGGUGCGUCGAGUGCUAUGCAGCGUCGGAUGCCGUGUUUCCUCUCUACUGCGAGGAGUGCGUGGUUGCGUGCGAUGUACCCGUUUCUGUCAAGGAUGAUAAAGGUGGGUUUGUGGAUAUGCUCAAGGUGAAGACGCUGUGGUGUGCUGCUUGUCAUGGGCUAGCGGACUCGUGGGUUAGACUGGACUAUUAG